AUGUCUUUCCUGACCUGCGCCUCCGAUCUCUCGCCGCUAUUCCAGCUGCUUGAUAACUACGAUAAGCAUGAGAUCCGCCAAACCCGCCCCACUCCUCGCCGCACCUUCACCCCAGCUUUUGAUGUCCGCGAACUGGCCGAUGGCUACUACCUGGACGGCGAGCUGCCUGGUGUGAGCCAAGAAAACAUCGACAUUGAAUUCAGUGACGCCAAAACCCUGGUCAUCAAAGGCCACACUGUGCGAGACUACCAGACCACCGAGCCCGCUGCGGUGCCCCAAGAGUCCUUGCCUCGUCGGCUCCAGCCUACUGUCGAAGAUGAAGAUGAGGACUCUGAUUCCAACGACUCCGAUUCAUCAACUUCUGUGAUCUCAGCCAGGUCUGCAACCUCGGCCAAGUCCGCCACCUCUGCCAAGUCUACCAACUCUGCCAAGUCUGCCACUGGCAAGUCCACUACAGCCCCGGCUCAGCCCCACUACUGGGCUUCAGAGCGCUCUAUCGGCGAGUUCCAGCGUACUUUCACCUUCUCUACUCGUGUCAAUCAGGAUGCAGUGCGUGCCAGCUUGAGGAACGGUAUCUUGUCUGUUUUUGUGCCUAAGGAGGCUGCACCCAAGCCCAAGAAGAUCCGCAUUCAAUAG